AUGCUUAUACUUGUUAUCGGUUUUUCUAUGAUUCGAAGUCUUAAAGUUCUUGCACCAUUUUCACUUGCUGCUAAUAUAAUGACUAUCGGAGGAUUAUUUAUAAUAAUGCAAUAUAUUGUUCAAGAUCAUAUACCACUUAAUAAAUUACCUCUUAUCACAUCCGCAUCAGAUUGGCCAGUAUUUUUUGCAUCUGCAAUGUAUGUAUUCGAAGGUAUUGCUUUAGUUUUACCAAUUCGACAAAAAAUGAAAGAACCUGAAUCAUAUAGUGGUUGGACUGGAAUACUUAAUAUAGGUAUUCUUCUUGUUACGAUUAUGUAUUUCGUUGUCGGCUUCUUUGGAUAUAUUCGAUAUGGAUCAAAAGCACUUGGUUCUAUUACGCUUAAUUUACCAAAUGAUAAUAAAUUAUAUCAAUUUACUAAAAUAAUGUAUGCUGUGGCUAUAUUUUUGACAUAUAAUUUACAAUUUUAUGUUCCGUUUUCACUUCUUUGGCCACGUCUUUGUCGAAAAAUUCUUUAUAAAUAUAGUGGACAGACAGUUAGUAAAUGGGAACAUGCUUUUCGUAUUGGACUUAUUUUCAUUACUUUUAUCAUAGCUGCAUUAAUACCAAAUCUUGGUCUUGUUAUAUCUCUAGUCGGUGCAGUUGCAUCUACAGCAUUAUCAGUUAUAUUUCCUCCAAUAUGUGAAUCGAUAACAUUUUGGCCUGAUAGUCUUGGUCGUUAUAAAUGGCAAUUAAUAUUAAAUAUUCUGAUAAUUAGUUUUGGUCUUUAUGUAUUUAUUGCUGGUACAACACUUAGUUUAUCAAAUAUAGUUACUUGUAUUCGUGAUGGAGCUCAAUGUAAUGAUUAA